ACACAUGACUGAGAAGAAUAAUACUUAUGUACCUAAUGAAACUAAUUAUUUCCUUCCGCAUCACGGAGUCAUUCGCGAGUCUAGUAGCUCAACGAAAUUGCGCGUGGUUUUUGAAGCCAACGUGCCUUCAAGCUCAGGAAAGUCCCUAAACGACAUACAGCGUGUUGGCCCUACGGUACAGGAUGAUCUUUUUUCAAUCAUUUUACGUUUUCGGCAGCAUAAAUUUGUAGUGACCGCGGACAUUGAAAAAAUGUACCGUGCUAUAUGGCUUAAUCCCGUUCAACGCCCUUUGCAGCAGAUUUUAUUCAGAUUCGAUGCCAACGAACCCAUAAAAUCAUACACCCUGAACACCGCGACUUAUGGAACAGCCUCCGCGCCCUAUCUAGCCACGAAAUGUCUGGUGUCCCUCGCUGAGACAACCAGUGAUGCUCGCGUACAAGAGGCCAUUAGGCAUGACUUUUUUGUCGAUGAUUAUUUAGGGGGUGGGGACUCAGUAGAAUCCGUCGUUGAGGUUAGUAAGGGCAUCAUUGAAACAUUAAAAUCGGCGCAAUUUAAUCUACGUAAAUGGCAAUCAAAUAACUUUGAAAUCCUCAAACAAAUUUCAGAAUUACAGGGUGAUCCUAAUGUCACACUUAACCUCGAUAAUUCGCCUUCUAAAACUUUAGGUGUAUAUUGGAACUCUUAUUCAGAUAACCUAUACUUUGAGAUAAACAUAAAAGCUGGUAAUAAAAUUACUAAGCGGACCAUACUUUCAUUGAUAAGUCAAGUUUUUGAUCCCUUAGGUUUAGUAGGCCCUUGUACAGUCGAAACUAAAAUUCUCAUACAAAAACUUUGGAUCAACAAAUAUGAGUGGGAUCAGGAAGUUCCACAACAUAUAAAAACAUUAUUUCACGAAAUCAUUAACUCCUUACAUAACUUAAACCAAUUUAACAUUCCUCGCUGGGCGUUCUCAGAUAACAUAAUAAAAACAGAAAUCCAUACAUUUUCAGAUGCUUCCGAGCGGGCAUAUGGCUCAUGUGUCUAUAUAAGGACCAUCAGAAAUGAUGGUACAGCGCACGUUUGUCUUCUAACCUCGAAAAACAAGGUGGCUCCCAUCAAACCCACCACCAUCCCUCGACUCGAGCUUUGCGGAGCCCUGUUAGGCACAAGACUCUGUAAAAAGUGAAGGCGGUGCACAUCGAGCUCGUCUCGUCUCUCACGAAGGAGGCAUACCUGGCUGCGUUAAAUCGCUUCAUGGCUCGCCGGGGAAGGCCCCAGACCAUUUAUUCGGACCACGGUUCCAACUUUAUUGGUGGUUUUAACGAGCUCUCAGAUCUUUUUAGAAGCUCACUUAGCGACAUUCCAACCAUUCUAUCACAUGACGAAAUUGAUUUUAAAUUUAUUCCUCCAUAUAGCCCCCAUUUCGGCGGAAUUUGGGAGGCGGCUGUCAAAUCGGUCAAACACCACUUGCGGCGUGUUCUUGCCCUAGCUCAUCUCACUUAUGAAGAAAUGAUCACUUGCCUGAAUCAGAUAGAGGCCAUUUUAAAUUCACGUCCCUUAACACCUCUAUCUUCUGAUCCUUCCGAUCUUUCAUUUCUUUCCCCCUCCCACUUCCUCAUUGGACGACCGCUCACGUCGGUUCCUUAUCCUCAGGUGUCGGACUCCAACGUGCAUCGCCUGGACCGCUUCCAACGCAUCGAAUUCCUGCGGCAGCACUUCUGGAAGCGAUACUGCGCAGAGUAUGUGACCUUGCUCCAGCAGAAGACGAAGUGGCUCACGUCGACGGGACACCUACAAGUCGGAUCCCUUGUCUUGGUCAAGGACAAGACGCAACCCCCCUUGAUGUGGCUCAUGGGACGAAUCGUCCAGCUACAUCCCGGCAAAGACGGAGUCAGCAGAGUGGCAGACAUAGAGACCAAACGAGGCAUAAUUCAACGGGCCUACAACAAUAUCUGUCCUCUACCCUUGGACUGUUGAAUACCUCAACGGCGGGGAGCUUGUUGCGGCUAUUGAAGCUGGCAACAUCGGUGCAAGAGGAGGAGCGCGGGGAGCGGCGGCACCACCUAUAAAUGCGUCAUCUUCGGUUGCUCUUACCCUCUUACCUUUCGGACGCACGAUCUUUUCAUACAUACAUAUUUGUCAUACAACCAUUGUAAACCAGACAUUAAAUUAUUCAUACCAUAAAA